AAGCGCAAGCGAAAGGGCGACCGAUCAAACAGCGCCAUAUUAAGGGUGGGAAGUGUGAACCAAUCGCUUUCUUCGCCGUACGAAUCAGAUGCAAUGUCAUGGUUGGCUCUCUCCAUUGCUAACACCCUUCGCCUUGACGACGAAGAAGAUGAGCAGCACAACGACGUCGUAUCUUCUUCUUCUUCCACCAUUACCCGCAACCAGAUGGAAUCCCAAUCCCAAUCCCAAUCCCAAUCCCAACCCCAACUCGACGACGAAGCAUUAUCUCGCCGCGUCAAAGAGGACUUGACUGAAUUCAAACAAACCCUAACCCGCCAAUUUUGGGGCGUGGCCACUUUCCUUGCUCCUCCUCCGCCUCCGCCGGAACCGGGGCCGACUCAUCAUCUCAACCCGGCAGAGGAUCUGGCUGCCCCUCCCGAUUGGAAGUCGUUCGAGGCGUCUAAUCAGUCUGAUCCAUCGAUCUCCGGGGACGAAGAGGACCUGACUGAUUCGAUUGAGGUUUUGAAUAUGCGUUCCAAUCAUGACGCCUAUGCGAAAUCGGGGAUUUUACAGGAGGAAUGCUAUGAGGUGGAUUGGGAAGGCGCUGUUGGGAUCACUGAUGAAGUGCUGACGUUUGCCACGAACAUUGCAAUGCACCCUGAGACUUGGAUUGAUUUCCCAAUUGACGAGGAGGAGGACAACGGUGAUUUUGAAAUGUCUGAUGCCCAAAAAGAGCAUGCUUUCACUAUUGAACAUCUUGCUCCUAGAUUGGCUGCUCUCAGAUUUGAGCUCUGUCCUUGCCAUAUGAGUGAGAGUUACUUUUGGAAAGUCUACUUUGUGCUCCUGCAUUCAAGACUCAAUAAACAGGAUGCUGAGGCUUUAUCUACUCCACAGGUAGCAGAAGCCAGAUCAAUCUGGAUGCAGGAAUUACAAAAGAAGACCAAGCCAGAGACUUUCUGGUGUGGAAGAGACACUUUUGAAUUAAAAGACAGCUCUGAUUUGUUGCAGGAAGAUGAUAGCUCCCUGGGCCUUGAAACUCAUUCUGUAUCUACGCUACCUUGGACAUUUACAUCUGAGCCAAGCAUGUCGUCUAUGUCGAGCAAUUGUGAGACAGAAAAAUACCAAAUAGAGACUUCUGAAACACAAUUCAUUGAUAAGUCCGUCAUCGUUGAAAAACCUAUAAUUAAAGAUGAGGAUAAAAACUCGACGAUUGGGUCUUCUUCAAAAUUCCUUGUUCAGAACUACAACGACGAGUCAGAUAAUGAUUGGCUAGAGGAAGACUCUGGGGCCAUCCUCCCUCUCGGGUACGACGAAGAUAUUUCUUUCAGUGAUCUCGAGGAUGAUGAUAUGGUUCUGCCUGCUAAAUUCAAGAUUGUUUCAAAAGAAUAAGGAAGUUAGACAAAAGAAUUCAAGGCGAUGCUUCCAAUUGUGUAUGCUUUGCCGAUGAGGCUAAAUGAAUUACAAAGUCAGUCUGACAAGAUUGAUGGGGCUGCAGUUACCGAUCUUUAUGAAACCAUCUGAAAUUGCUUUUAGUUGAUGGGGGUUGGUGGGUGCAUUUGUAAAUGAAUGAGAGAAUGAUUAUUCCAGUUUGGAAGAGUGACAAUGUGUUUCUGUUUGGUUUUUUGUUUGGGAACUGUGUAAAGAAUGUAUCAGUAAAUAGACAAAAGGGGAAAAGAUAUAGAUUCUUUUUGUUCCAUGCCCAACGAUGAUUGUCCUCAUCCCUUUGUUGGUCUGUCAGGAGUGGAGAUUCAUUCAUCGGUGGCUGUCUGACAGAAGAAAGCGCUAAAAACAGCCGAAGGAGCCACCGAAUUGAGGCAGUUGAGAAGAGGAUUCUGUUGGAUGGAAGUUACCCAUCAUCUCAUUGGUAUCUACAGAACCACCAUAAUGGACCAUUCUUUCUAUUUGAUUGCUGUACUUUUUUACCUUUCUACUCCUUAAAGAUAAGAUAUAUAGCAUAUAGCUCUAGUUAUCAUACUCACA